UUAAUUAAACUGAGUUAUGAUGGGAUGAAUAAAGAGGAUUUUUUAACAAAUUAAUUUAAAACAGUAAUUCUCACGAAAUACGACGGGAAAAACUUUCCUUCGAAUUCAAAGCUAGUGGACAUUCCAAUAUAGUUGAAUUUUUGUUAUAAUGAAGAAAAGUAUCACAAUCAUUGUUUUCUUAACUUUGGUUCCGUUUUCUUUACUCGAAGACAAAACGCCUACAAGUGGCGUAAACCAAAAUACUGACACUUUCAAAGAGCUCACUAUAAACUCAUUUAUUCCAUGCGCCACAAAAACUUUUAAAACAGCUGCUGAUAUGAUUGCUAACUGUAGCAUUGGUAUAGAACUAGAUGUUGUAUGUGUCGUUCCUCCAUGCCCACCUUAUACUUUAGCCUCACCCACACAGUGUAUUUACUUUUACAACGUGUUUAACUAUCCUACAGGGGCAUAUUGUGCAGCCAUCGCUGAAUUUUUAUUGGGUAUCAAUAACGAAGUUAGUUAUUCAAAUUGCUGUUCAUGAUUUUAUUGUUUAAUAAUACUAUGAAUUAACAUGUUGUAUAUGUAUAAACUUUUUCUGUACUAAAUUAAGAGUCAUA